AUGAACAUCGAAUCUUUGGAUCAUUUGGUACUCACUGUUAGGAAUAUCGAAGAAUCAAUUAGGUUCUAUACAUGUGUCCUUGGUAUGCAGGUAGAACUGUUCAAAGACAAUCGUAAGGCACUUCGAUUUGGAAACCAAAAAAUCAACCUACAUGAACAUGGCCAUGAAUUUGAACCAAAAGCAUGCUAUCCAGUUCCUGGUUCUGCAGAUCUCUGUUUUGUGGCGAGCACACUGAUUGAAGAGGUUGCACGUCAUUUGAAAAAGAACGAUGUUACAAUAAUAGAGGGUCCUGUUAAAAGGACAGGUGCUAUUGGAAGUAUCACUUCAUUGUAUAUCCGUGACCUGACUCAAAUUUAA